AUGGGUAACCCCAGGACCAAAGAAAGGGCCAAUAGGGCUCGGGCAAUGGCCGCAGAGGGUAUCACCUUGCCUGCUACAACUUUGAAAAGAGAUAGGGAGCAAGAUCUCAGCGAUUCUUUCCAGAAGGUGAGACUAGAGGAUGGCGAAUCACGUCCUACAAAGCAGCCAAAGACUGCAUCUUCGAUGUCUACAAAGGCAGAGGCAAAAACCCCGGCGACACCAGAGGUAGAGGUCUCUCCUAGGUCGGUGCGCAGUCAGACUCCAACAACUCAGCUGUCAGAGACUACGACUCCUGUCAACAACAAGGAGGGAAAUGACCGUGUAACCCCCAAUUUGCUUCGCCUGAAGAAAGCCUAUUGGACCGAAAAGAACACCUUUUCCGAUCCAUACAAAACGCCGUACUAUAACGAUGACAUGACAGCAGACCAAAAGAAAGAAGCGGAGAAACAAUCUUUGAUUGCAACAGUCGAGGACUAUUUCAGAUUGGGUUGGAACAGUCAUGCCAAGCGCAAUCACAACAACGAACCAGUUGAUCGUAAAAUGGUAGUUGACCGCACCAGAGAACAUUUGCGAAUCGCAGACAAGUUCCAAUGUGAAAUCUUUGUUCCUGUCAGUCUUACGCAGUAUGAGAUAGAGAUUUGGAACAAGGAGGUGUUGAAUUGGCCACAGAAUAAAUAUGUGGUAGAGGAGACUUUGGUGGUGGAUAAACCUGUUCCGUACGUGCACCCUAAGUUUAAGGCGCCUGCCCUGGACAAGGACAACGAUACGGAAAUGUCGGAGUCCGCCCCUCGAAUUAAGAGGGCUUCUAAGAAAACGGCCUCAGUGACGGAUGAACCUGUUCCCUACGUGCACCCUAAGUUUAAGGCGCCUACCCUGGACAAGGACAACGAUACGGAAAUGUCGGAGUCCGCCCCUCGAAUUAAGAGGGCUUACAAGAAAAAAGGCUCAGUGACGGCUGAAGUGACCGAAUGGGAUCGUGACACUGACAACUGCCACUGGGAUGGGAAGUCUCCAAGAGAUGUAAGCCUAACUGGAGCAAUGAAUUGGUGGGAGAUCGAUAAUUCCAAAUUUCCUGCGGUUCCUUCGCCAUCCGUAAAACCACACUUCGCGAAACGAGCAGCAAACAUCCUCAAGGUUGUCUACAAAGAUGCCUUGAAGGGGUCAUUUGGGGCCAAGAGCUCUCCGAACAACAACAUUAUCAUUCCAGGCGACGACGAGAAGGAGAAUAAUAUGCGACUAGGUUAUUUCCCUCCACCUGACAGCGAUGCCUUUGACGGCCCGCCUCCUGAUGUCGGCUGUAUGCCAAUACAUGAUCGGUACUCUUAUUGGCUCGUUUGGCUUCAGGCCAAUGGAUAUUUAGCAAAGCAUUUCGUAUGGCUCUGCGGGAAGGAUUGCCAACCGCUUCGUCUUGCCUAUAAAUUGAGGAAGCCAAAGCAUAGACCUGCUGGUACCGCCCCUCCAAAGAAGAAGGACACCUUCCAUACUACUCUUUGGAUGCGUGCCACACGUAUGCGCGACCGCUACAUGAAGGCAGAGAAUAAGGAUGGAGUUAAAAAGCUUACCCGCGGGAAAGGCAAGAAGAUCAAGGGCAAGAAAGCCAAGUCCAAGGCCAAGAAGAACAAGGGAAAGAAGAAGAGCAGUAAGAAAGAUAUCGAGGAUGAGGAAGACGAAGAAGACGAAGAAGACGAAGAAAACGAAGAAAACGAAGAAGAUGAGGAAGAUAAGGAAGAUGAGGAAGAUAAGGAAGAUAAGGAAGAUGAGGAAGAUGAAGUGGAAGAUGAUGAAGAGGAGGAAGAGGAGGAAGAAGACGAAGAAGAGGAAGAGGAAGAGGAAGAGGAAGAGGAAGAGGAAGAGGAGGAGGAGGAGGAGGAGGAGGAGGAGGAGGAGGAGGAGGAUGCGAGUGGUGAAGGUUUUGGUUCCGGAGAAGGUGCUGGGGCGUUUCAGUUCGGAUUUGAUCCUAGCUUGGAUCCAGAACUGGCUCUGGCUCUUAGAAUGUCUAUGGAAGAGGAAAAGGCUAGGUUGGCGAAGGAAGACAAAGAGAAGGAGGAGGAGGAGGAGGAGGAGGAGGAGGAGGAGGAAGAGAAACUCGAUGCGAACAGCAAAGCCGAUGAAGAACACGAAAAAACUGAGUAUGAAGGAGCAGGUUCCGCCUAG